AUCCCGGUGCCUGUGCCCAGUCUGGUGGCUCAGGAGUACUGCUACCCUGAGACAGCAUACAUACGCGAGGCAGGCACCUGCAGGCCAUCAUCAUCAGCAACGUCGCAGCAGCAGCAGCCAUGGUCGUCCUCAAGCCCCAAUCCGACUUCGGGCAUGCCCCGCCCCCGCAGACGCCCUACAGCAUCAUCACCAACCUCCCGGGAUGGGACCAGGCGCGGAGCAUCCGCGACGGCGACAUGUCGGCGCUGUCGCGCAUCGUCCACAUCUACCCGCGCUUUGCGCCGACGCAGUUUGCGGCCGAGCUGGGCCAGGCCAUCGCACAACUCGUGGGCAUGGAGGGCUCCGUCGCCCUGCCCUAUCUCAACCCCGACAUGGGCCCCUACACGCGCCGGCACGUCACGCUGGCGCAGCGCAAGGAGCACGUCAUGACGCCCGACGCCAUCAGCCUCCGGUGCGUCGACGUCGGCGGCCACAGGCUCUUCGUCGUGCUCUACGACCCCAAGCACAUGCUCGGCGCCAUGGCGACGUGGAGCAACCCCGGCAUCGGCCUGUCGAUUCGGGCCGGGGAGCAGCUCCUCAAGCAUGUCGCCACCAUGCAGGAAGUCGAGCUGCCGAUUGGUGGUGCCGACGCCGACGUGAUGCCUGCCCCAACAUGGACGCCCGAGGGCCCGGCGCACCAGGGUCUGCGUGAGCGCAUCGUCGAGCUGCUGCAUCGGGCGCCGCUGGACCCAGCCAGGGUGGCGACGUGCGCGCCCGGGGACGUGUAUCUGUAUCCCACGGGCAUGGCGGCCGUCUUCCACACGAGCAACGCCCUCGUGCGCUUCCGCCCGGGCACCAUUGUCGUCCUGGGCGUCGUCUUCCACAACACGUACCACCAUCUCAUCGAGGAGUCGCCCCACGGCUGGAAGCAUUUCGGCCGCGUCGACGAAGAGGGCAUCGACGCGUUCGAGUCGUGGCUCGACCAGGAGACUCAGAACGGCAGGGACGUCAGCCACGUGCUGGUCGAAGUGCCCGGGAACCCAACCCUCGAUACGGUCGAUGUGGCCCGCAUCAAGAAGCUGGUGAGUCCGUCCGUUGUACACGGCCAACACUCACUCAGUAGACGUCAGAAGAAAACUGAUCCCGCAGCACACAGUCGGAGAAACAUGGCUUCAUCCUCAUCCUUGACGAUACUGUCGCCGGCUUCGGCAACGUCGACUUCCUUGCCGAGACGGACGUGCUCUUGACCUCGCUCACCAAGUCCUUUAGCGGCCUCUCCAACGUCAUGGGCGGCUCCAUCGUUCUCAACCCCCUCUCGCCGCACUUUUCGGCCCUGUCCUCGGUCUUCUCCUCGACGCACCGCAACGAGCUCUUCAUUGCCGACGCGGACGUGCUGCUCGCCAACUCGCGCGACUUUCUCGCCCGCACGCGACGCCUCAACCGCAACGCCCACGCCAUGGCCACGUUUCUCCACGGCACCAUCGGUCAGGGCGAUUCGCCCGUCGCCAGCGUCCAGUACCCGGGACUCCUACCCAGCAAGGGCCUAUACGACAAGUACAAGAGACGCAGCGACAAGGAGUUGCCAGAGCCGGGUUACGGAUGCCUCAUGACGGUCAACUUUGCGAGCGUGGCCGCGGCCAAGGCCUUUUACGACCGGCUCGGCUUCUACCCGAGCCCGCAUCUGGGCGGCCACGUCACCCUCGCGCUGUGCUACAACAUGUUCAUGUUCUCCAAGAAUCCUGAGGAGAGGGAGUACAUGAGGACGUGCGGGGUCAAGGAGGAGAGCGUGAGGAUCUCGGCCGGCCUGGAGGACGUGGAGGACCUCAUAGACACCCUCAAGGAUGCUUUGGAUGCUGCUGCAGCUGCUGCAGAGGAGGCCAAGAAGAAGCAUGCCGAGACGACGGCCAAGGACGUGUAGAUCCUGCAGGAUGGAAAGGAAGACGACGACGCGGUAGAAGACCCGCAUUUGAGAUGGGACCUGUAUGCACACUCAUAGAUCUAGACACCUUGUCAUGCCCUGCGUGGUGGGACAGCCCAAUUCUAUGCCCACUUGCCCUUUGGUGUCCAAGCAAGCGCCAACAAGU